UGAUCUCUACAACCUUCCUCUUUCAGUCUCAGUAAUGUAGUCACAUAGCACUGCCAGCAGACUCUGUCCCAUCAUCACUAUUAUCUCCCAUUCUGGGUGUCAGCCUGUUGUAUUUGUUUGUCGCCAUGAAUUAUUUUACCUUCCCCCCAUCUUACACCCUCCCAUUCUCCACCCACAGGACACAAAACAAGCGAAAGAGGAAGUUGUGUAUUUUGAAGUUGGGGUAGAACCCAGUGUGAUUUUUCUGUUUCACUCAGCAAUUUGAGGAUGGGUUCCAUGUUCCGUGGAGAGGAUGUGUGCCUUGCCCAAUUAUUCCUGCAGUCUGGUUCAGAAUAUCAGUGCAUAAGUGAGCUGGGAGAACUUGGAAUUGUGGAGUUCAGAGAUCUCAAUUCUAAUGUUAAUGCAUUCCAGCGUCGCUAUGUAUCUGAAGUUAGACGUUGCGAGGACAUGGAGACAACGUUUGGGUACCUUGAGAAAGAGAUGCGCAAAGCAAAUAUUGAAGUUCCAGCUUCUGUGAUGUCUCCUCCAGCGCCUUUACCCAGAGACGCGAUGAGGAUACAAGAAGAGUCAGAGCAAUUGGCAAGAGAACUGAAAGAAGUUUCUGGAAACAGACAGUCCCUGAGAGAGCGCUUGAGAGAGUUAAGGGAAUAUGCCAAUAUUUUACGUGAAAGCCAGAGAUUCACAGGACCACUGACAGAAUCUGAAAACUGGAGGGAAAGAAUUGAAACUGAUCCUUUGAUAGAACAUGCGGUAACCAGCAACAAGGAUCUCAGAGUUAGUUUUAUGGCCGGUGUCAUUCAUCCAUGGCGUGUGAAUUCUUUUGAGCGCUUGCUAUUUCGUGCAUGCCGUGGUUACCUAAUUGUUAACUUUGUGGAGAUGUCAGAGCCUAUGGAAGACUUGGUGACGGGUGAAAGUGUUACUCAGAUAAUAUUCCUGAUUUCCUACUGGGGGGAGAGAAUUGGAGAGAAGAUAAAAAAGAUUGCCAACUGCUUUCAUUGUCACAUAUACCCGUAUGCUGAUGAAGAAUCUGCUCGUUUGGAGACGCUGAGAGACCUUUUGGUGCAAAUCCAGGACAUGCAGAAGGUCCUUUCUCAGACCGAGAGUUACCAGUCACAGGUUCUAAAUCGAGCUGCUUCUUCUCUGCACCAUUGGAGAGUCAGUGUGAGAAAAAUGAAGCACAUCUAUCUUAUCCUGAAUUUGUGUAGUGUGCGUGAGCGCUGUCUCAUUGGUGAAGUGUGGUGUCCUGUGAAUGACCUACCCGUUCUCCAGGGAGCUCUAGCCAGGGCUUCGGAAGACAGUGGAGGUGGUGGAGAAUCAUUCUGUCAUCGGAUUCCGUGUUCUGUCAGUCCUCCAACUCUUAUCCGCACUAAUAAAUUCACUGCAGGUUUUCAAGAAAUUGUUGAUUCCUACGGAGUGGCUAGUUAUCAAGAGGUCAACCCAGCAUUGUACACGAUCAUAACAUUCCCGUUCCUUUUUGCUGUGAUGUUUGGUGAUGUUGGACAUGGUAUCCUUAUGUUUCUAUUCGCUCUCUGGCUAGUUCUUGGCGAGGACGACCCAAAACUUAAACGCUCAGAGAAUGAGAUUUUUUCUAUGUGUUUUGGUGGUCGUUAUCUUAUCCUCCUGAUGGGUGCCUUCUCUGUAUACACAGGGUUUGUGUAUAACGAGUGUUUCAGCCGUGCAACUUCAAUUUUUCCUUCGGGUUGGAAUGUUACAUCCAUGGCAUAUGAUAAUAAUGACUUGCAUAAGGCAUUUCAGGCAAAGUCUCCUGUGGAUCCGCUGAACCCAAACAUGACUGGUGUCUUCAUAGGUGUAUAUCCAUUUGGCAUUGAUCCAAUUUGGAGCCUUGCCUCAAACAAACUCACUUUUCUAAACUCUUUUAAAAUGAAGAUGUCUGUUAUUCUGGGCGUCUUUCACAUGACAUUUGGUGUAUGUCUUAGUAUUUUCAAUUUUGUUCACCUCAAACAAAUAUAUCGGAUUUUUGUUGUGUCUCUACCGGAGCUGCUGUUCCUGCUUUGUCUUUUUGGGUACCUGGUAUUUAUGGUUGUGUAUAAGUGGUUGGUGUGGACGGUGGUAGAUGCAAAAGAAGCCCCAAGUAUCCUCAUACACUUCAUUGACAUGUUCCUGUUUACUAAAAGCAGUGUAAAUAUCUAUCUUUACGAAGGACAGCAAGUUGUGCAGCUUGUUCUGGUUGUAGUUGCUGUGGUGUGCAUCCCUGUUCUUCUUCUAGGAGAUCCCAUUUGUCUCUAUAUUCAACAUAAGAGGAAGAAACGCCAUAGUCUGCGAUUGAACCAGCAUGCAGAAAAUGAUGGCGACAAUGGACCUCUACUAGUGGAAGAUCCCUCUCAAGCUGAAAGUGAAGAACAUGAGGAAAAUCCCAAAAAUAUGGCCAAAGACGCAAAGGCUCACGGUGAAGAGUUUGACGCUUCAGAGGUGUUCAUGCAUCAGAUGAUUCACACCAUUGAGUACUGUUUGGGCUGCAUCUCUAAUACUGCAUCUUACCUACGGCUUUGGGCUCUAAGCCUGGCACAUGCACAGCUUUCAGAGGUCCUGUGGAAUAUGGUUAUGCGCAUUGGCUUUUCAAAUGUGAGUUACGUAUGGAGCAUUGUUAUUUUCGUUAUCUUCACAUUCUUCGCUGUCCUGACAGUUGCUAUCCUCCUCAUCAUGGAGGGACUCUCAGCAUUUUUACAUGCUCUGCGUCUGCACUGGGUGGAGUUCCAAAACAAGUUUUACACUGGAGCAGGAUACAAGCUCACACCUUUCCACUUUGAUUCAUUCUAUUGACCUUUUUAAAAAUAUAUUCUAGAAUUGUGGGUUAGGGGCAAACGGUACUGUUUAUGUACACCGUUUAAAUCUGUGAUAGUCUUCACAAUGCAAAAUAAACUGCUUUUAAGACUUCA